AUGCCAAACGAGUGCAGUGAAUGGAAUAAGCACAGACUAUUUUUGUUGGAGACCGUCGCGAUGGAAUCGGUGAAGCAUGGUAGUAGUAUAAUAGUAUCGGCGGUCAGUAAAUGGUGCACUCAAAGUUCUUCUUUGGAAUGCCAUCUAUGGAGAUAUUCGGCAUCAGAUCCAAUUCUACAGGCGGGUUUUUGGAUGGUCUAUUGA